CAUUGGUCCACCAGGGAGUGAUGUAAUCCUUCUGAUAGCUCAGAUAACUAGUAGAUGGGAAGGCUGGAAGUUUUUGCAGAAGGGAGUGAGAAGCACUCGUAGGGUUGGCUGGGAGAGGGGAGCAGAGCUGGAAUCCAGCUUUCUAUGAUAGCCACUCACCCUCAGUGAAGUCAAGCCAAGGGGACCAGGUGACAGCAUGGUGCAACAAGCAGACAGCAUGGACAUGGAUAGCAGUCACCACACAGAAGUCACAGACACUGAGGAGGGAGAAUUUAUGGCUGGAAGCCCAGUAGCCCUUGAUGAAAGUGACCCAGACUGGUGUAAAACGGCUACUGGUCACAUUAAGCGACCUAUGAAUGCCUUUAUGGUAUGGUCCAAGAUAGAGAGGAGAAAGAUCAUGGAGCAGUCCCCUGACAUGCACAAUGCAGAGAUCUCCAAAAGGCUGGGGAAACGCUGGAAGAUGCUCAAUGACAGCGAGAAGAUCCCGUUUAUCAGGGAAGCCGAGAGGCUGAGGCUCAAACACAUGGCGGAUUACCCAGAUUACAAAUACCGACCCAGGAAAAAACCCAAGCUGGAACCUUCAUCUAAGCACACCCUCGGCCAUUCUCCAGACAAGAGUGCCACCUCCACCACCACCAGUGGCAAGAGCAACAAGAUCUCAGCCAAGAAGUGUCCCAAGCUGAAGUCCAGCAGCAAGCUUGGGGCUAAGUCACCUCAGGAGGAUGCCGGUGGAGAGGACUAUGUCUUUGGGAACCUUAAGGUGAGCAAGGCUGUAAAAUGUGUGUUUAUGGAUGAUGAUGAUGAGGAAGAGGACGAUGAAGAAGAUGAGUUGCAGAUUAGGAUAAAGCAAGAGGAGGAGGAUGAGGAGCAGCUAAGGCAAUAUAAUGUAGCCAAAGUGCCAGCUAGUCCCACCUUGAGCUCUUCUGCUGAAUCCACGGAAGGAGCCAGCAUGUAUGAGGAGAUGGCAAAUGCCACCAACAACAGACUCUUUUACAACUUCAAAAAUAUUACCAAGCAAAGCACAGCACAUCAUCCCACCUUUACCCUGGCUCCAGUCAGGUCUAUCACUACCUCAACCAGCGACAAAGAUGAUCUGCUGUUUGAUUUGAGCUUAAACUUCACCCAAAACCCUCAGGCACCCGAACUGGGUAACUCCAAUUCAGGAAACCUUUCACUCUCAUUAGUGGAUAAAGACUUAGAUUCAUGCAGUGAGGGCAGCCUGGGCUCUCAUUUUGAGUUUCCAGAUUACUGCACCCCAGAACUCAGCGAGAUGAUUGCAGGGGACUGGCUUGAAGCCAACUUUUCAGACUUGGUGUUCACCUACUGAUUUUUUUUGUAAAUUUUUUUUUGUAAUUUUUAAUUAUUUGUAUUUUUUGGAGGGGGAAGGGGUUGGGUGGGAUUGAUCAAUGACAUUUUGGAGGAGGAAAUCUAAGAAAAAAAAAAGAAAUGGGAUUUUGUGGGGGCUUUUUUAAUGUUCUGAUGAUGAAAUUUGGGGUCUUGCUUUUCUUACUCAGUGUAAUUUUUCUAAUCACUGUAAGAUUAGGGAUUUGAAGAAGAAUUAAGAUGAGUGAUAAGUGGGUCUGGAGGAAGGUCUACAGAAAUGUUAUGUUUCUGGGCAGCUCAACUGUUACUCAAGGGGGUCAUUGUGUCUUGUUUUAUUUUUUAUUCUACAGUUUGAAAUAUUAUCCUGGAAAGGUGUAUUACAACCGGAUUUCUUUUUCUUUUCUUUUCUGGAGGGAGAAAACUGAUUUCUUCUAUGCAUCUGAUUCUUAAGCUGCAGGGAAGCUGACACAUGCAGGCAGGAGACAUGCUCCACAAAACUGUGAACUGAUUUAAUCAGAGUUUUUAACAGAUCAACAAAAAUGUAUUGUUUCACAAUGUGAUUUUUUUUUUUCUUUUGGUUUUUGCCAACUUUUUUGUAUCUUGUUCCCUGAUACCUCCUUGAAUCUCAGACAACCCAGACCUCAGUUAAAAAACAAACAAAAAAUAAUGUAUUGAAACCUUUUUUUGAUACAUAACAGACCUCAGUCUUUUUUAAAAAUUAAAAUAUUUUUAGGCGUAUUUUUGUACAGUUUAAAGGGAACAUUCCUGCUGUCAUUUCUUUUUGUUGUUUCUUAUAUUUCAGUGAGACUUUCAGGCACUUCCUAUCUUCUGUUUUUUUUGUUGUUGUUUUGUUUUGUUUUGGGGGGUUUUAGCAUGCAAGUAUGUUCAUAACUCUGUCCUGGUAAAAAAAGAAAAAAGGCUUAAAAAAAAAAUAGAAAAAAAAAUAUAUAAAAAAUUCUUGCAUCUAAAAAAGGCCUUGUGGUUUUAAAACACAUUUUUUUUGUACAGCUAUAGUUCAGAUUUGUUCAAUAUUUGUAGGUAAAGAUUUAUUGAGAUGGUGAUAUAGACCUGAGAGCUGUUAGCUUAAAGAUUGUAUAUGUUCUGUAUUAUAGUAGGAUUCUAUGUAUAUCAUAUGCUGUGAUAUGUGGAUGGGACCUGAAAGUAAAUAUCAAACUGGAUACUCGAUUUUUAGCUAAGGCACAUCAAGGUUUUUCGUAAUGUGCAAUAUAAUCUGUAAAAGACACUAGAACAGACCAUCUGCAUAUUUUGUAGAGCAAGUGAGGGAAAAGCAGAGUUAAGUGCACUGUUAACAUCAAUGCCUGUUUUCCUAAUGCUGAAAGUCUGUAUAUUGAUGAUUUUAAUAAAUCAGCUGGAACUGAUAGAAAAUGGUAUCAGUGUCGGUGUGUGUCUAGAAGAAGGGGGCGUGACGGCUAUGUACCAGACAUGAGGGGGAUGGUUACAUUUUAAGGGUUAAAAAAAGCAAGCAAAGAUCACAUUUGUAUAUACUGUAAUGUUGUCUAAUUUAAGCGUAUGUGUGUCUAACAUUUUAAAUUAUAGAGGUUUAUUCACUAUAAUGGAAAUAGUGGAGAAUUGACAAGAAAUAAUUGCACGUUUUAGGCCAAAAUAGACAUUUUUAUUUAAAAAAAAAUUAUUCUGUUUCAUUAUUUUUCCAGUUUGGCAAAGUUGGCGUAAAAUUUGCUAUUGUCAGGUCUAUUCUUCACAAUUCCUAAUUUACUGAAUACACCCCUGUACUAAAAGGGAGAGAAAGGACUGGAGGCUACAAAAAAAAAAAAAAAAGAAUGAGGGGGAGAAUGGGAGUGUCUAAGUGAUAAGGGCUAAGACUCCAGUCUGUGCACACUAUGACUUGUGUAGGUUUAUAUCUUGGAAAUCUGACACUGGCUUAGUGUUUUGUAUGCAGUCAAUGUAGGUAUCCUGUCCUGAAAACCUUCUGACUUCACCCCCUCCCCUACACAUCUGCAUCAUUUCACUUAUAUUAGGCUGUCUGGCCAGACUGCUUCAGAUCAAACUGAGAAAGGAAGGUGGGAGAAGGAGGGAGGAGGGUUAUUGGGGGAGAGAUCUGUCCUUAAAAUAAAUUUACCACAGCUGAAGCACGUUUGGUGUUUUAAUAUUUAGUGGAUAGAGAGCUUUUUAAUUAUUUACAUACCUAGGGAGGGCCUAAGCAAUCAGUGUGUGGUAGAACUGUAGGCAGGCUGGCUGGAUUGUAAUUUCAUACUAUGUUUCAUGCAUAUAUUUAAAGAUGAGGCGCUUGAUGUAAAAUAGCUGUAUACCCAAGUGACAUGACCUUAUAUUUUGAAAGCCUUGCCUCCCUCACAUGCGCACUUUUUCAUAAAAGUGUUUCUUUUUAAAAAAAAAUAAAAUAAAAAAAAUCACACUGCUUUUGUCCCCUUUUGAAAAUCUGAAUAUCAAAGACAGCCUAACUGGACUGUGUUCCUUGACUGCAUGAAUGUUUUAGAACCAGAGAUUACAUCAUAUGUGCUGGCAAAGGAUAUUAAAUAAUAGAGAGGUGGAAUGUAAUCCCUGAACACUAUGUCACUGCUUUUCUUAGCUGAAUUCUACUGCUAAAUAAAAUGAGAUAAUGAAUCUAU